UUAAGUUCAGUGUGGAUCGAAAGCAGAACUGGAAAUGUCGCUGCUACUGUCGUUGAUUGCUCUUAUUAUAUCUCUGCUUUUAUUUGCCGCACGACGAAGUCAUGGAUAUUGGCAAAGGAGAGGUAUUCCCCACGAUAAGCCCCAUUUUCUUUUUGGAAAUAUGAAGGACUGGCAGAAGGAAAAAAUGAUCGCCCAAAUCUUUCGGGACUACUACGCAAAAUACAAGGGCUCGGAUUAUCCAUUCGCUGGUUUUUAUUUCUUUUACCAACGAAACGCUGUGAUCACCGAUUUGGAUCUGGUUAAAAGAGUGCUGAUCAAGGACUUUAACCACUUUGAGAAUCGGGGAGUAUUCUAUAAUGAGAUCGAUGAUCCACUUACGGGUACUUUGUUCAGCAUUGAAGGUCAAAAGUGGCGCAAUUUAAGGCACAAGUUGUCGCCCACUUUUACUUCAGGCAAAAUGAAGCACAUGUUUCCCAUUGUUGUAAAGGUUGGAGAGGAAAUGGAGAAGAUCUUCAGCGACAAAACUACCUCAGGUGAAGGUCAAGUUCUUGAAAUUGUGGAUCUAGUGGCCCGUUAUACAGCUGAUGUGAUCGGUAAUUGCGCCUUCGGAUUGAAUUGCAAUAGUUUGCAAAAUCCCAAUGCCGAAUUUGUGACUUUUGGCAAGCGGGCAAUCACCGAACGUCGAUUUGGAGGACUACUGGAUUUCUUAUUUUUUGGUUUUCCAAUUUUAUCCCGCCGCUUGCGCCUAAAAAUGAACGUUCAGGAAGUGGAGGACUUUUAUUCUAGAAUCGUAAGAGAAACGAUCGACUACCGAUUGAAGACCAAGGAGAAGCGAAAUGACUUUAUGGACAGUUUAAUCGAUAUGUACCAAAAAGAGCAGGGUGGAAACCCUGAGGACGGCCUAUCCUUCAAUGAGGUUUUGGCCCAAGCCUUUAUUUUCUUUUUGGCUGGAUUCGAGACGAGUUCUACGACUAUGGGAUUCGCCCUCUAUGAACUGGCCCGCAACCAAGAUGUUCAGGAUAAAGUCAGGAAGGAGAUUGAUAAUGUUAUAGAAAAGCACAACAACGAGAUCACCUACGAGGGAAUCAAGGAGAUGAAGUAUCUGGAGCAGGUCGUCAUGGAAACCCUCCGCAAGUAUCCAGUACUGGCACAUCUGACGAGAAUGACCGAGACGGAUUUUUCACCCGAGGAUCCCAAGUACUUUAUUGCCAAGGGCACAAUGGUUGUGAUUCCAUCUCUGGGAAUUCAUUAUGAUCCAGAAAUAUAUCCGGUACCUGAAAAAUUUGAGCCAGAGCGAUUUACGGACGAGGCAAUCGCUGCGAGACCCUCUUGCACGUGGCUUCCAUUUGGAGAAGGUCCUCGGAACUGCAUUGGUCUUCGAUUCGGGUUGAUGCAAACCUGCGUGGGAUUGGCUUACCUAAUCAGGGGUUAUAAGUUUAGUUUCGCCCCGGAGACGGAAGAACAUAUUCAAUUUAUUUUGCACAGCGUUCUGCUGUCAGCUAAAAAUGGAAUUCAUCUUAAAGUGGAAAAGAUUUUGAAAUGAAAAUAUAAAAACAAGUUAAAUUGGUUUGCAUAAACUGAAAAUACAACUCCGUUGUAUGGUGUUUUACAUCCAAAGGAUGUAUGAUGUUUGUACUAGAGACCU